AUGCCUGUUUACGUUGAUCGCGAGGCUCCAAAGCUAUGGAGACGAAUUUGCUCAGAAACGACAUUAGAAGCUUCUCUCCUUGCCGAAAAAUGGAAGCUUGUUCUCCUUGGUCUCAUGUUUCAGUACAUUCAUGGACUUGCUGCUCAUGGAGUUCACUACUUACACCGACCUGGUCCAACGCUUCAAGACGCCGGUUUCUUCAUUCUUCCUGAGCUUGGGAAAGACAAAGCCUUUGUGAGUGAAUCUGUAUUCGUCACUAUCUUUGGAUCUUUCAUCUUAUGGACAUUUCAUCCCUUUGUUUCACACAGUAAAAAGAUUUGUACAGUUUUGAUAUGGUGCAGAGUUUUUGUUUAUUUAGCUGUUUCUCAAAGUUUGAGGAUCAUCACAUUCUUUUCAACACAGCUUCCUGGACCGAAUUAUCAUUGCCGAGAGGGCUCCAAGCUAGCCAAGAUUCCACCACCAAAGAAUGUUCUUGAAGUACUCUUGAUGAAUUUUCCUUAUGGAGUGAUAUAUGGUUGUGGAGAUCUAAUAUUCUCAUCGCAUACGAUCUUCACUUUAGUCUUUGUACGCACUUAUCAAAGAUACGGCACAAAAAGGUGGAUCAAGCAUCUGGCUUGGCUAAUGGCAGUUAUACAGAGCUUCUUGAUUAUAGCAUCAAGGAAACAUUACACAGUAGACAUUGUUGUUGCAUGGUAUACUGUCAACCUUGUCAUGUUCUUCGUUGACAACAAACUUCCUGAAAUGGCAGAGCGUUCUAGUGGACCUUCUCAAACGCCGUUGCUUCCACUGAGCACAAAGGAUGGUAAGAACAGGAGCAAAGAAGCUCAACAGAGACUUGCCAAUGAGAAGAACAAUGUAGCAGAUGAGCAUUGA